AAAAAAUUUCUACAUGUGACACGGCACCAGAGUUAAGUUAGGGUUUUUCAAAAUGCUGACACGCCGAGCUCAAAAGGUUCGCCAUCACUGGCCUAGGAGCACUGGGACACUCAGGAAGACAUCAGGUGGCCUCUGCUUGCCACCCCUCAAAUCAAGCACAUGGCUCUUCUCUCCACCUGGAGCUGCAGCAUUCAACCAUCCAGUUGCCCCCCCAUCCCCUUCUACUCAGCCAUAGGCCUGGGGCGGGGGGGGGGGGGGCAGUGUGCUGUCAGGUGAGUGAGGUCACCCCCCGCCUCCAGGUUGGGCUGAGGCAGAAGCAGAGCUCGGGGUGGGAUGGGGGUUUUCAUACGAGGAGCCUGCAAGGGCAGGAAGAGAAGCAGAGGGUCAGGAGCCCAGGGCUCUCCAUCUCCCUGCUCCUCAAAGGCCCUGUGAGGGCACAGGGAAGGGGUCCUUACCUUCCACAGGGACCCAUCCUUAACCGCACGCCCAGCCCCUCCUGUGUUGGCUUUUGGCUCCUGGCCUUGUGCUACCUGACCAUUCUCCUGUCCUGACCCACAGGGCCUGACUAAAGUCUAGCCACCCCCACACCAGGCCUGCCUUUGGCGUCUCGAAGGGUGAAUGAGGCCAUCACUGGGCACUCCCUCCCUGGGGUUUGGCUCCUGCCCACGGCUGACAGUGGAAAUCACAAUCAUCGAGCGCUGCAGCCAGUUCUGCUCCGAUCUAUUUUGGACCUCUGGGCCCCUUCCUCUCUGGGUCCCCCCACACCCUCCUGGCCUGUUUAGCUGAGGUUGGGUCUCCAAGAGAGAGUAGGGGCUAGGGGACCUCAGUGGCCCCUUUAGGGAGGGGCAGGGGGCAUCCAGAGGCUGGCAGUCUCAGAUUACCACCCACCCUCCUCCUCCACUCCAGGGGCCUGCCCAGGCUGCCCUGGUUCCAACCACAACAUCCUUUGGGGUUUGGCCUAUAGAUCUGGGGCGGAUGACCCCAAAUAGCCCUGGCAGAGUCCCCUGCGACCCGCCUGCCCAUGAUCGGGCGGCCCACCCUGGCCUCCAGGGCAGGGCCAGAGUAUAAAUGGUGCUGGAGGCUGGUGGAAACACCGGAGUCUGAGCAGACCAAAGCCACCUCGAGACACACCAUGAGGGCCCGCAUGCUCACCCUGCUGGCCCUGGCCGCAGUCUGCCUCGCUAGCCAGACAGAUGCAAAGCCCAGUGGUGCAGAGUCUGACAGAGGAGCAGCCUUUGUGUCCAAGCAGGAGGGCAGUGAGGUGGUGAAGAGACUGCGGCGCUACCUGGAUCCCGGGCUGGGAGCCCCAGCCCCAGCCCCCUACCCAGAUCCCCUGGAGCCCAAGAGGGAGGUGUGUGAGCUCAACCCGGACUGCGACGAACUGGCUGACCACAUCGGCUUCCAGGAGGCCUACCGGCGCUUCUAUGGCAUAGCCUAGACUAGAGCCUGCCGCCCUGCAGCCCUGCCGGCGGCCCCCUGCUCUGGCUCCUCUCCAGAACCCCUUCCCCUGCCCUUGCCCUGACCUCCCUGCCCUACAAGUGUGGGGUCACCAUCUGCCCAGCAGCGCCAGAAUAAACUCCAGAA